CACUUACUUUUCUAUUCAAAAGGCAACCUUCUCACCAUUAAAUUCCUUGUCAUCAUUAUGUUAACCAGUGCAGAGCAACACGUCGUUAUUAACUUGAUGAUUCUGUUCGUGGGUGUUUUCUCCGAUAUGGGAUUUUCUGGCGGUUAUUGGCCCAGUUUAUUACACUUAACACCGUCAUACGCUGGUUUGCUUUCGGGAAUUGCGAACGCGUUUUCAACUUUCAACGGCUUCAUUUCGCCAAUCAUCAUUUCCGCUAUAGCUGUGCAGGGGAACAAGACUGAAUGGAAUUAUGUAAUGCUUACUUUGGCUUCUUCCUACAUUUUAGCUGCAAUCAUAUUCGGAAUAUUGGGAAGCUUCAACUUGCAGCCAUGGAACAAACCUAUUGAAGAAGUCUGAGCUGUUGUUUAUUUUAUAUAAAUUGUUAUAAACUGUAGAGCUGUGUAAAUUGUUAUAAUAUUUAUUAACCCUAAUACAUAUAUAAAUAUUUUAUUAAUAUGGUAUAAACAUUUUUUUGUAUUUUGUAACCUCCGCUCGGAGGUGCCAUACAAGCUGUAGGCAUCGAAUUUUAAAUUGAAAUAAAAAAACGAGAUUUCGAAUUGAUUGGACAAUCUUUA